AUGGGAACGCUAGUUAACGAAAUUCACUAUCAUGUCGAGUCAGUCAUCGAUGCUAAGGCGGAGGCGGAGUUGAUCAAUAAUAGAGCUGAAUCACCCGUGAGUCCUCUGAUUGACAGUGAAUUUCUCUCGUCUUUAAUUGCCGCGUCUGAUACGCUGAAUGCAAAUUAUAGGGCAUUAGUAGCGACUAAAAAAGUGUUUUUUGAUCAAUUUGCUAUUGCUGCCAAUCUUUCGCGAGUGGAUCCAGCAACACGUCUUCAAUGGGAACAACGAAAAAACGCGCCGUUAGGACCCGAGAGAAAUUUUCGCUCAAGGAAUUUGAUGCGUAACGAGCGGCGUCUUAGUUCUCGGCGAAAUUGGCCGCGAAGCUUCGACCGAGGACAAGUUCAAGCGUAUUCCACAAGCGCGACUGUUUCGUGUGGCAUAUGUCGCGAGGGGAAUAAAUCAUCGGAGUUUGAGCAGCUGCUGAGAGCGGAGCCCGAGGAGCGCAGAAAAAUAGUAGUUAACGCCAAUUUGUGUUGUAAUUGUUUACAAGCUGGUCACCGCGUCUACAAAUGUAUUAAAAAUGACUGCUGCAGAAAGUGCAAGAGCAGGCAUCAUAAUUUGUUACAUGUGAGCGAGGCCGUUACAGAAUGUGCAAAAACGGGCAUCACGWGUUUUUGCGUUCGGACGGCAUCGGCGGUGCAGAAUGCACAUGUAGAGCUCCAUCACUCGCAAACACCUUCGCUGUUACUUACUGCAGUGGUGCACUUGCUGGAUCGCGACGGCAGGCCGCACGAGUUUCUUGUGCUCCUUGAUUCGGGUUCCGAAGCACAUUUUUUAACAAUCCGUUUCGCGAAUCUUCUGCGAAUAGUCAAACGGGACGUAAACGUACCCAUUUCUGGCGUAAACCAACCGGAAACUAGAUUCAAACAGGCAAUCUUAGCAACAUUAAAAUCGCGAACAGAAAAUUAUGCGGUAGAAAUACAAUUUUUAUUAUUACUCACUGUAACGAAUAGGUUGCCUUUGCAACGAAUUCCGCGAGAAGAAUUGACUAUACUAGCAGGGAUCCAAUUGGCAGAUCCCAUGUUUUGUGAGCCAUUGAAUAUCGACGCGAUUCUCGGUGUCGAGAUAUUUGCUUCACUAUGGCGCGCAGGACAGAGCUUAAGGUUAAAUGAAAAUUUAAUGGCACAAGAAACUGUACUAGGAUUGCUCGUUAUAAGCACAGGAGCCACGCGUACUCCGCAGAGCAUUGAAGAAGUAGCUGACAGUAGUAUUAGGUUGCACGAAGAAAAUUUGUGCGAACCACAUUAUAAAAACAACACGCGACGGGAUGAUACUGGCAGAUAUAUAGUGAGACAGCCGUUUAAGGAAGAAAAUCAGUUAGGAGAUUCGUAUACGAGCGCGUUACGAAGAAUUCAAGCCUUGAAGCGAUCAUUAUCGCGCAAGCCGGAAAUUAGAAAUGAUUACAUUAAAUUCUUAUCUGAAUAUAAAGAACUAGGUCACAUGACAAGGAUAGAAGGGGGACUCCCCGAAGUAAGAUUCUAUUUACUGCAUCAUGCUGUAUUAAAGCUUACUAGUCUUACUACCUAA